AUGGCGGACUCCUCUGCUACAACCACACCAACCUUCAAGCUUGUGCUUGUCGGUGAUGGAGGAACCGGAAAGACCACCUUCGUCAAGCGCCAUUUGACUGGUGAGUUCGAGAAGAAAUAUAUUGCUACUCUCGGUGUCGAAGUUCACCCCCUUGGAUUUACUACCAACUUGGGAAACAUUCAAUUCGACGUCUGGGAUACUGCUGGACAAGAAAAGUUCGGAGGUCUCCGUGAUGGAUAUUACAUUAACGGCCAAUGCGGUAUCAUCAUGUUCGAUGUUACUUCCCGUAUCACAUACAAGAACGUUCCUAACUGGCAUCGUGACUUGGUUCGUGUUUGCGAAAACAUUCCUAUUGUUCUUACCGGAAACAAGGUCGAUGUCAAGGAACGUAAAGUAAAGGCAAAGACCAUCACCUUCCACAGAAAGAAGAAUCUCCAGUACUACGACAUUUCGGCCAAAUCCAACUACAACUUCGAGAAGCCUUUCUUGUGGUUGGCCCGCAAGCUCGUUGGUAACCCAACUUUGGAAUUCGUUGCUGCACCAGCAUUAGCACCACCAACUGCACAAGUCGACGAGGAGCUCUUGAAGGUUUACCACAAGGAGAUGGAAGACGCCGCCGCUAUGCCACUCCCAGAUGAGGAUGACAACGAUUUGUAA